AUGUCAGAUCUUCGAGAGUUUGUCAAUCAGCAAAAAGCUAAAAAUUCACUUUUUGGCACGACAACAACAUCAGCAUCAUUUCAAUCAUUUAAAGCUAUACGAUCAAAGCUUACAUCUGGUUUAAAUGGAUUCUCAUUGAUGAAUUCAUCAUGUGAUGAUUCUGACCGAGAAAUAUUGACCGAAUCAACUGGCGAAACAAAUGGGCAGUUGCCACAAUCACGAAAUCGUAGAAGUGGUGGAUGGUUUGGUUCUGUUCCCAAUGAAGAAUCCGUUUUUGGGAUGUCGAAGAUGCAGAGAAUUGUCGCAUUUUUUAUGUCAAUAGGAGCAGCCUUUGUUUGCUUCGGAAUAGCUGUCAUUUUGCUACCUGCUGUAAUUGUACAAGCUCGAAAAUUUGCAGUCUUGAAUACAUUUGGUUCGGUCAUGUUGAUUUUGAGUUUUGGUUUUCUUUGGGGACCAGUGAGCUAUUUCAAACAUAUGUUCUCGGAACAGCGAAGGCAUGUUACGGCAGCAUAUCUAACAACCGUUGUGGCGACAUUGUAUUUCAGUUUAUGGGGUCAUAUUAUUAUCGAAAAAAUAAUGGUAGGAUUAAGGGCCCAAUAA